AUGAAGGGAGAAGAACAAAUAAGGACUUUGUUUGGGAUUACGCUAACGGAUAAACCAAAAUGGCAACAGUUUAUCAUCUGUUCUUCAGGAUUCUUCUUCGGGUAUCUUGUUAACGGCAUAUGUGAGGAAUAUGUAUAUAACAGGCUUCAAUUCAGCUAUGGAUGGUACUUUACUUUCGUGCAAGGAUUCGUUUACUUGACACUCCUACGCGUACAGGGAUUCACCCCGAAACAAAUGGUGAAUCCAUGGAAAAUGUAUGUUAAACUCUCUGCUGUUCUUAUGGGUUCUCAUGGAUUAACCAAAGGAUCCUUGGCUUACCUCAAUUAUCCUGCACAGCUAAUGUUCAAAUCAACAAAGGUUUUACCUGUAAUGAUCAUGGGUGCCUUCAUACCUGGUUUGAGAAGAAUAUACCCGCCACGUGAAUAUUUUUCUGCGGUUCUUUUAGUAGUUGGUUUGAUACUCUUCACUUUAGCCGACGCCAACACUUCUCCAAAUUUUAGCAUUAUCGGUGUUUUGAUGGUUUCUGGAGCUCUGAUUAUGGAUUCAUUUUUGGGCAAUUUGCAAGAAGCAAUUUUUACCAUUAAUCGUGAUACUACGCAGGUUUUUCAUCACUCCACAUUUUUAAACAUUUUUCAGACAGAAAUGUUAUUCUGCUCAACGGUUGUUGGAACGCCUUUCUUGAUUCCACCAAUGCUUUUAACAGGCGAAUUGUUUAGAGCUUGGAAUUCAUGUUAUGAACAUCCUUAUGUUUAUGGGGUAUUGCUUUUUGAAGCUGUGGCUACAUUUGUUGGUCAAGUAUCUGUGUUAUCACUCAUUGCCCUUUUUGGGGCUGCAACAACAGCUUUGGUAACAACUGCACGAAAGGCGGUAACUUUAUUGUUAUCUUAUAUUAUUUUUACAAAACCAAUGUCUGAACAACACGCGGUUGGGCUAGUACUGAUAGCUGCGGGUAUUAUGAUGAAAAUGUUGCCGGAUCACAAGAUUCCGCAGAGACUUAGGCUGUCGGGUCCUCUUGUAAAACAAGUAAAAUCUCCUAGAGAAGAAAAAAAUGAUGAUUUUAAUGAGGAAGAUAGGCCUUUGGUGUAAAUUUGUCCUUGAAAUGACUCAGGCUAAUGUUUUUGGAUUAAGUUGUAAUGUGAGAUAUGUGGUGGUUUGUUCCAUAUUUUGAUGUUGUUUUUUUGUUCAUUUGAAU